CACACACACACACACACACACACACACACACACACACACACAAUGGCUCCUCAAAUAACGAAAAGUACCGUGGGGUGGUAGUACAUCGAUGGUCCUAUCCGCGACAGUGUCUACACUAGUCGCCGUCGUCGGCGUGUUCGUUAUCCUGUCGUCCUAGGUCGGGAGAAACGCGCGCGCCGCACGCUGUCACACAGUCUAACGGACGAUUUGUGCCGACCAAUGUGGGUGUUUGUGUGUGAGUAUUUAUGUAUUUGUGUGUUUGUGUGUGUGUGUUAGUCCGCGUAGUCCUAUGAACCGCCUAUACCGGUUCGAACGGUGGUACUGUGAUCAACUGGUGGCGCACUCUGUAGUGUUUCGGUGGGCACAUUUACUAUCCUCGUCACCUCGGUUUGAGAUGAAGAUGUCUUUACUACGCAACGAGUCCGCUGGCAUAGUCAGUCGUCCGCACGCGUCCAGUGAGUUCGGAUCGGUUGGUCCUAACGCUAUGGUUAGCCAGCGGGAUCGCUUCCAUAUCAGUUGCUAUCUCAUCUCAAGGCAGCCGGCACCAGUGUCGUUUCAUCUAAUCUAAUUUCAUAGUCAUUCAAAUUCUAUAUUCAAGCAAGUGCACGAACGCAAACGGGACGGUGAGUGAUCAGUGUGACGGUACGAUAGGUACACGUCGACGUGCUACCUAGAUGCCGGUGCCGUUGUGCUUUACCGCGUGGCGUGAAAUAUGUAAUACGUUUCAACAAAACUGUCCCCGGAGAAUACGGUGGUGAGAAGCGGCAGGCGAAGGAUUACAGUUUGGUUUCUACACGUUCCAACCACAUUCGGCACGCAAGACACGGUCUCAAAAUAGGAAACCGUUAUCGUUACCAUAACGGUGAUUCUUCGGUAAAUCUACUUUAGAAAAAAUGAAACCUCGAGCACAUCACACCGACAGCUCUUCGAUCAAAUCGAUCAGCUCUGAAGACGUCAGCACACAGCAGCACUAUCAUGGAAACAUGUGCUGCAGUGCGGAAGCGAAGAAUCCGGCCUUCAAACGGGGUCGCCAACUGCAGCAAAUGCAGAUGAUCAUUCUUCCAUUUAUACCAAUCCUAGCACUGAUUGUGCAAACUUCCUACGAGAUGAUCGAGAUCGUUAGCUACCGCAUGGAGGUGACAGAGAUCGAAAACCAGGUUACCAUGGCGACGGACCUGGGAAAGGUCGUGACGCGCUUGCAGCAAGAACGUUCCGACGUGGCAUUUUACAUCUAUACCAACGGGAUGACAUUGCGAAGGAAUCUGAACGACACGUUUCUCGAAACAGAUCUGGCACUGGACAACAUGUCGUCCUGGCCUGACAUUUCGAUACGCACUAUUCAACCAAACAACGGUGAGGUAACGUGGCUUAACAUGAGCGAAUUCCGCGAGACACUGCAGGAGUUUCGCGCCAACAUCAGCACCGAGGACAGUACAGUACCGCAGAUUUUGCGAUGGUACACGACCGCUAACGCAGCACUGUUGGAGCAUCUUACCAACCAGAUAAAGGAUGCGAACAAAAGCGGGGUGUGGCGGUUUCUGUUGAGCUUCAAGAAUUUGCUUCGUAGCAUCGAAAGCUUGGACAUAUCUUCGGUGUACGGUAUCAAUUACUAUGGUCGUGGAUAUCUCAAGCCCGAUUCAUACAUCAAGUACGUGCAGCAUGAUAUCCUCGGGCGGGACCUGUUGAAUGGAUCGCUUCAUUUUGUUCCAUCGCUGAAAGUGAUCUAUCGGAACAUCACACUCACGAUGCGAAGCUACGGCAACAUAACCCAGUGGAGCAAAACCAUCCAGAAGAAUUUGCGACGAGAAGGAAACGUGGCUGAUGCACGUUCGUACUACGAGUCUAUGGCGUAUUACAUUGACGAACUGCGGAAGCUGCAGAGAGCGUUGCGGUCGAUCAUACGCAAUGAGGUUCAGAAAGUACUCCAGUCGGCAGACAACAUGGAAACCUUCGGCAUUGCCAUCCUGGUGGUCGUUCUUAUUGUUUCUCCAAUCAUCAUCAUACUGGUGCGAAAUGCGGCCGCAACCAUACAACUGUACGCUAUUAAUCUGGCUCACAAAGCGAAAGAACUGAAACGAGAGAAGCGUAAAUCCGAUUCACUGCUGUUCCAGAUGCUACCACCAACGGUGGCCACACAACUGAAGCAGGCCCAAACUGUCCCCGCGGAGUACUACUCGGCAGUGACGAUAUUUUUCAGCGACAUCGUUGGCUUCACCGAAAUUGCUGCGGAAUGCACGCCAUUGGAGGUGGUCUCCUUCCUGAAUGCCAUCUACCGGAUGUUCGACGAGCGCAUUGAGUGUUACGAUGUGUACAAAAUCGAAACCAUUGGCGACUCGUACAUGGUGGCUUCCGGAUUGCCGGUGAAAAACGGCAACAAACAUGUGGCGGAAAUAGCAACAAUGGCUCUGGAUCUAUUGGAUGCUUCCGGCUACUUCAGCAUACCGCAUAAGGCCAAUGAACCGGUACAAAUACGCUGCGGCAUACAUACAGGACCUGUGGUAGCUGGUAUUGUUGGUACAAAAAUGCCAAGAUAUUGCCUUUUUGGCGAUACGGUUAAUACUGCAUCCCGCAUGGAGUCUACGGGCGAAGCUCUAAAAAUUCACAUUUCUGCCGAAAUGAACGAAGCGCUGGUUAAGGUGGGAGGAUUCAAAACGGAACACCGUGGAUUGAUCGAUGUAAAGGGCAAGGGCCUGAUGGACACAUACUGGCUAACGUGCAAGGAGGGUGCAACCCCGAACAAUAGUCAUGGAGAGGUAGCUUGGUUUGCGGAUAUGAAGCCGGUGUAUUUAAAAAUACUGGAGAGAACACAGGUGACCGUCCAUCCCCCACCGGACGAACCGGUCCUGACCGAGAAGCCAAUUGUUGGCCUCUACCCAACCGGCGGCGGUGGCGUUGCGGCAGGGCUCAAAUCGAAAAGCCCGAGAUGUCCCUUCGAGCUGGAUCGUCUUGUCACUGGGACGGUGGGCGGUGCUCCCGGCGAGCUGUCCCGGGCCCGGGACUUAUCGCUAAAAUCUUCUCCCUCCGUCGCGACCUCCACUUCGCGCCAGUCGACGUCCUGCUCGGACGUGGCCCUCGAACGGGAGGUGACGAUGUACGGGUGCUUCAAAUUCAACCCCAGUUCAAGAAAUGCGCGGAAGCUGUUCAUGACACACAUGUUAAUUGUGCUGCUCAUACCGAUAGCAUCGGUCGUAAUGCAGAAUAUGCUGCUGCUACAGCAACACGUGAAAUCCUACAGCGAAACAAUAUCGGCCAACGAAGAGAUGGCACUAACGAUUAACAUUACGCGCCUGCUGAACGUUAUCCAGAACGAACGGAUGAGUUUGGUGUUUUACAUGCUGACAGGCAAGAAUCGAACCCAGGUCGAACUUUCCAUCGAGCACACGAACGAUGCGCUGAACCAUCUUGGCGAAGAUCUUAAUUAUCUGCUACCGGCGGGCACUGCAAACCACACGCUGAUAGCCGACAUGAGAAUCAAAACGCCCGAAAAUGAAACCUUUACCGGGCUGGAAUACUUCGAGCCGUACAAUGCGCUUAACCGGUACGUAAUCAAUCAGAUCGUACGCAGUACCGGUACCUCGAUUAGCUCAACCGUCUGGCGCCAGUUUGUGGUGUACAAAAAUCUGAUUGAAGCCAUCGAAAGCAUCAACAUUGCUGCGAUCUUAGUGCUGCAGUUCAUUUGCAACGGUUAUCUGGGAUUGUCCGAUUACGCUCAAUUCAUACGCCGCGAUGCGGCCGCACUGGACUACAUCGCUUCAGCGCAGAAUUUCAUGACCUCGCUCAGCAUCAUAUCGGAGGCCGAGUUUAGUGUGAUGCAGUACUGGCGCACGCAGGUGCUGAUCAACAUUUCCACCGGCUAUCGCCGGGAUGCGCUCGUAGAGUACUAUCAUUCGGUAACAACCGUGCUGAAGAAUCUGCAAAUGGUGCAGGACCAGAUUCAGACCGACGUGAAGGAAACGAUCCUGGAGGAGAUCCAAAGUGCGCGAAGGCAUCAGUCGAUCUCGAUCGGACUGGUGGUGGUUAUCCUUAUUAUAAGUCCGAUACUGGUGCUUAUGAUACAAGCAGCCACCAGCACGAUACAGAACUAUUCGACGAAGCUGAUGGCCCGCACGAUGGAGCUGCGCAUGGAGAAGGGCAAGUCGGACCGUCUGCUCUACCAGAUGUUGCCACCGGCCGUAGUGAAGCAGCUGAAGCAACAGCGCCAAGUGCCGGCAGAAACGUUCGAUGCAGUGACUAUAUUUUUCAGCGAUAUCGUAGGCUUCACCGACAUCUCGGCUAGCAGCAGCGCGAUGGAGGUGGUUAUCAUGCUCAAUACACUGUACCGUUUGUUUGACUCGAUCAUACUGAAGUACGAUGUGUACAAGGUGGAAACCAUCGGAGACGCGUACAUGGUUGUAUCGGGACUGCCACAACGGAAUGGGAAUAGGCAUGCCGGCGAAAUUGCCAUGAUGUCGUUGGAUUUGGUUUGUGGCAUUUCGGGAUUCACCAUACCACAUAUGAAGAACAGAACCUUGGAAAUUCGCGUCGGUAUUAACACGGGACCGUGUGUGGCAGGGGUAGUCGGAACUACGAUGCCAAGAUAUUGCCUGUUUGGGGACACCAUAAACACUGCGUCCAGAAUGGAGUCGACAGGGGAGCCUAUGAAGAUUCAUAUCUCAGAGAGCACCAAAGAGGUUUUAGACAAACUCGGAGGAUUCAAGAUCAAACUGCGAGGAACAGUUGACGUCAAGGGCAAGGGCACAAUGCAGACUUUCUGGCUGACUGGCCACUCGAUGUACGAACAUCUUACGCCGGAAAUGCUUAUACCAAUGUAUAAGCAAAACGUAGUCACAGAACCUGAUUUUCUUCAGAUAAUCUAGAAUUUGAUGGACAAACUGCACACUACUAAGCAAUCCAGUUCGUUAAUGUGAUUAGCGAAACGAUAGUUUAAUAAUUCAUGAUAAAUUAUUGUUCAAUUCGAGCAAAAUAUGUUUGCAUAGAAGUGCGAGCACCUAAUAUAGAUCAAAUCAAUAAAGCGUAUAAGAAUAAAUUUUGGCUAGUAGGAUAAAAUGGUAGAAAAUGAGUGUUAUAAAGAAAACAUCAUUUUAUUCGUUGUUUUUUGAAUAACAUGUCAGCACUCUUUAUUUAAGUCGAAACCACUAACACAACGCUCUGUGUAGAAAUGCAAAACGCUACUUACUGUAAAAAUAAAUUCAACGAAAAAUGUAAGAUUGUUAUUCCUCGUAGAUUCAUGUAGAUAUCAAAGCAGAUUUUGACAUUAGGCCGUUAAAUGAUUUAAAAAACUUUGUCGCACACAAAAAUACACACCAUCAUACAACAAACAUUCAAACACACUUUGACAAUUUUUUGUUAUAUGUUGAAAAGCAUGUGUAAAAACUGAAAUUUUAUUUUGAAGCAAAUACACUAUUUGACAACUGUAGAAAAAUAUCUUGGAUGCGGUGAAUAAUGAUGUACACAUUCGAGAGAGACUUGGAAAACCCUGUAUGUUGCCAACAUGCGUACUUAUCCGCAACAUCUGAAACCCCUGGGGAAGUAUUCCCCAAAGAGUUAAUGAACUAAAGCUCUAAUUGGCAAGCCGAUUGAUCAUCCAGAUCAAAGAUGGCGAAUUCAUUUGAUCAUAUGGAACAAUGUGCUACGUAAAACUUCUUCUUCUUCUACUUGGUGUAACGUUCUACACGGACAUGCCGGCCUUUACAGGCUUUCGAGACUUAUUCAGUAUCACAGCAUCCCGGUAGUCAGUUCUUGCUAUGGGGGUAUGGUCCAUUCUAGACUUAAACCCAUUUACACGCACACGUGUCAUCCACACUGUCGCACAUACUAAGGCGGAGUGUGUUAGCGCGCCGAUCGAGCAAGAGCUCUCGGCAGGGGCGCUCGGUGCGGCUGGUGUGCGUAACGGGAGUACGGGCCUUGUAAUGUUUUAAAGUGUAUUGUUAGUUGUGUCUUUUUAGUUAUUAUCGUGUAAUGUUAUUAUCAGUGUGAAUAAAGAAGUAUCGCCAAAGACAAGUACAGGCGGUCCCCGAGAUACACGGUACCUCUUAUACGCGGAUUCGGAGAUACGCGGUUUUCUAAAUUUGACAAUUCUUUGAGCAAAUUGUACUGAUUUGACACAUCAAUUGCAAAUUGCCAAAUAAUUUCCGUUUUGAUCGAAUGUUCAAAACUAUUUCAAAAGGUUUAAAACAGUUAUAUUCAGUCAGAAUCAUAUCAAAUAAUUCAUACAGUGACUAAAACCGCCCCCUACUUGCAAAAUUACACGAAAAUUUAUGAUAUUUUAGCUGGAAAUCACGAGAUUCGACUUACGCGGAAAUUCGAGAUACGCGGUAUUUUGGGGCCGUUUUCGGUCCCCAUUAACCGUGUAUCUCGGGGACCGCCUGUACAGUAGAGCGUCGAUUAUCCGGGCAGCUCGGGACCGGACGGUUGCCGGUUAAUCGAUUUGCACGGAUAAUGGUCUAAGAAAUGUCAAACGCAUAUAAAAAAUAUGAAAUUCACUAGUUUUAUCAUUA